CACACGUCUUGCUUGAUCCCCAGAGAAGCUUGUUCGAAGCUUGAGACCAAAUCACAAUGAGAGAGAUAGUUCAUAUGCAGGCCGGACAAUGUGGCAAUCAAAUCGGGGCAAAGUUCUGGGAAGUGAUCUCUGAUGAACAUGGUAUUGACCCUACUGGAACUUACCACGGUGAUUCUGAUCUUCAGUUGGAGAGAAUUAAUGUUUAUUACAAUGAAGUUACUGGUGGUAGAUACGUCCCUAGAGCUAUUCUGUUUGAUCUUGAACCAGGUACCAUGGAUUCUGUACGUUCUGGUCCGUAUGGUCAAAUCUUCCGUCCCGAUAAUUUUGUAUUCGGUCAGAGCGGUGCGGGUAAUAACUGGGCUAAAGGUCAUUACACAGAAGGUGCUGAACUAAUAGACUCGACCCUAGACGUCAUGAGGAAAGAGGCAGAGAGUUGUGAUUGCAUUCAAGGAUUCCAGCUGACCCAUUCUCUAGGUGGUGGAACUGGUUCUGGUAUGGGAACCCUCCUCAUCGGUAAAAUCCGUGAAGAAUAUCCAGAUCGCAUGAUGAGUGCAUUUCCGGUUGUCCCUUCACCAAAGGUAUCUGAUACAGUUGUGGAACCGUACAACGCCACGCUAUCAGUACACCAACUAAUAGACAACGUCGACCAGACUUACUGUAUUGAUAACGAGGCUCUAUAUGAUAUCUGUUUCCGUACCCUCAAACUGACCACACCCACUUAUGGCGAUCUGAACCAUCUGAUAUCAGCCACCAUGUCUGGAGUAACUACAUGCUUGAGGUUUCCAGGACAGUUGAACGCCGAUUUGAGAAAGAUUGCAGUUAAUAUGGUGGUUUUUCCUCGAUUACAUUUCUUCGUACCAGGGUUCGCUCCCUUGACAUCACGUGGUUCUCAACAGUACCGGGCUUUAACUGUACCGGAACUGACGCAACAAGUAUUUGAUGCUAAGAAUAUGAUGGCUGCCUGUGAUCCUCGUCACGGUCGCUACCUGACUGUCAGUACAUUGUUUCGAGGACGUAUGUCGAUGAAAGAUGUAGAGGAACAGAUAUUGAAUGUUCAGAAUAAAAACAGCAGCUAUUUUGUUGAAUGGAUUCCUAACAAUGUUAAAACCGCUGUUUGUGAUAUACCACCCCGAGGACUGAAGAUGUCGGCGACGUUCAUUGGUAACACUACAGCCAUUCAGGAAUUGUUUAAACGUAUAUCGGAACAAUUUACAGCUAUGUUCAGAAGAAAGGCUUUCCUACAUUGGUAUACUGGUGAAGGUAUGGAUGAAAUGGAAUUUACUGAAGCUGAAUCUAAUAUGAAUGAUCUGGUAUCUGAAUAUCAACAGUACCAGGAUGCUACGGCUGAAGACGAAGGAGAAUUUGACGAAGAUGAAACCGAAGAAGAAGCAUAGCAAUAAAAUAUUCUCCACGACCCCUUUUCACAGAAAAUAGGUCGAUCAAAAUUUGUAUUUAGUGUGGAAUUUUUCAUUUGAAAAUAACAUUUUAGGCUCCCAAGAUUUUUAACCUCUCAUACCCCCUAACCAUUUGUCAUUCGUUAUUCAUUCAACUAUAUAGAUAAAUAACAGUGGGGUUUGAUCAAAUCUAUCUAUAUGUAUAUAGAAAUAUUAAAACAGAACCU